AUGGGACUCGGGGCAAGUAAGGCUAGCAACCUGCUUCCCUGGUACUUCAAAUAUGAUGCUGGCAACAAUCAGAGCAAAAUGCCUCGGACCUUUGGAGGUGACGGAGUCCCACCUCUAACUGACAAACCAGGGACUCCUAAGAAACGACUUGGCAAACAAAUGGUAAUGAGAUGGGGAGCUAUUAAUAUCAAUGGGGGCUACUCUGGGAAGAAGGUAGAACUGGCAGAGGCUGCAAGUAAGAUGGGGCUGGACGUUUUAGCUGUUAGUGACAUUCGGGUAAGGGGUGAGAAAGAAGAGGAAGUGGGAGAAUACAAGGUCUACCUGUCAGGAGUCAAAGCAGGAAUAGCACAAUGGGGUGUAGGGCUUUACAUCAGGAAAGAAAUGGAACCCAGCGUAGUUGCAAUAAGUGGGACUCGAGGUGGUCGAAAGAGUGAAAAUAUGGAGCAUGCGAGCAGCGGCGCGCUGCGCCGGUGUCUGGGCCCCUGGUGGGGGAGGCGCGACUUAAAAGAUGCGGCCUCGCGCGCCGCCGCCAGAUGUCCGAAGGCACAGCAGAAGUCCGCCUGCUGCAGACCGACACAGCCGCAGCACGCAACCGCGGCAGUCCGUGAGGAAACGAGAGCAGCCAUGCGCACGACGCUGCUGUACCUGGUGCCUGUGUGGAUGGCGAUGGCCCAACCAGCUCACGUACAGAAUCAGGCGACACAGCCUCUGGUCGGCGAUUUCCUGAGGUCUCACUGGUCGCCAGUUCAGCUUCGGAACCACACGGCACAGCCUGUAGUCAGCACGAUCUUGAGGGCUCGCUGGUCACCAUCUCGAGAACAGAGCCAGGUGGCGCGGCCUCUGGUCAGUGCGACCUCGAGGCCUCAAUGGACGCCAGCUCGAGGUCAAAACCAGACGGUGCAGACGCUGGUCAGCGCAACCUCGAGGAGUCGUUGGUUGGAAGUACAGAACCAGACGGGGCAGCCUCCGAUCAGUGCGACCUCUGGAUCUCACUGGUCGCCAGCUCAAGCACAGAAACCGAUGGUGGAGCCUCCCAACAGCGCGAUCUCGAGGUCUCAGUUGCCGCUGGCCGCGUCUGGUCGAAGCUAUCACACUCUACCAUCCAACAACGAGUUGGACAAUGACGUGGAUAGCCAGAAGCCUUCAGUGGCGGUGGGAACUGCAGAGUACGUUCCGCUGACCUACAACCACGACUACUACAGAAACCGCUACUCUGGGAAGUACCAGCCACAAGAGGGUGACUACAAGAAGACGUCGGUGUCGAGCAAGCAGGCAGACGGGGGCUACAAAUACGGCGCUAAGAAGCGGAAGGAGGAUGCUGCCGAGGACUACCCAACAGGGCCGUCGCCACGAGACCGCCUCGGCUUCGAAGAUGACGAUGACUAUGAGGACCACGAGGGAGGCUACGGCUAUGGAUAUGUAGAGGAAGACGGCUACUAUGAACACGAUGACGACUACCACCGCCAUCACGCUCGUCCCGUGCACCACGGCUACCAUGGACCACCUGUGUACGUACCACACCGGCACCAUCACCAUGGUGACAAGUACCUCAAGUUCGGCAUCCUGGCGCUGCUGAAGCUCAUCCUGGCCAAGCUCAAGGCAUUUGGGCUGUUUAAGCUCCUGCUGCUCUUCAUCAUCAAGCCCAUUCUACUCUUCAAGCUCGCUCUCAAGUUCCUCUUCAUUACAAAGGCGUUCAACGCGCUGACGCUGCCGCUGCUGCUGCUGCCGCUGCUGCUGUUGCUGCUGCCGCUGCUGCUGCUGCCGCUGCUGCUGCCGCUGGCGCCGCUGCUGCUGCUGCCGCUGCUGCUGCCAUUGCUGCUGCUGUUCCUGCCCGUGCCCGUGCUGACACCCGGCGCUGGCGGUGGCGCCGCUGGCCGUCGCCGCCGUCGCAGGAGUGCAGCUGCUGUGCCCCCAGGCUCCGCCAGCCCAAACCUGCUGACGCUGACGCGCCAGGUGCUGGAGGCCGACCAGUGCCUCGAGAGGAUCGCCUGCCAGCUCGCAGCGCGCCGCUCCAGUCUCUACAACAGAUUCGUCAUUUGGCUAUUGGAGAGGUUCGAGCGGUGGGUAGCUCCAGAAAGCGCGAAGCCGCGGCUGACAUCCUACCUGGGCGCGUACCGACAGGGAGCCGAGGUGCCCAGCCAGUGCAGACCACGCUACGAGUGCGACAGCCAAGUGCUGGGCCUGCCCAGGGGCAGCCUCCUGCAGCAACUUCUGUAG